AUGUUCACGCCCGCAUCACGCCAACAGGGUCUUGUCCGCCGCUUUGGAUCUGUCUCAGCGCCUGAUCCAUACGCGCAGCAGCACAUUGUCGUCGAGCGACAAGAGAGCUCGCGCCUCACGAUCGUCCGUGUCCAGCCCGAGGACUCUGCGCGUCUGUAUGGCCCCGAGCCGGAUCAGCUGUCCAGAAGCACCCAUGGGACGCUGGUCUCUCCUCCCACCAAAUCCCCUCGGGGAUCACCACGGCUCUCUUUCGCAUCCACGACCUUCUCACAGCAGCCACCCAGCCCAACGCGCUCCCUUCGCGAAGUACGAGGGAGAUCGGGGUCCGCAUCAAGGGCCGCGCAGAUGCGCCCCGUCUCAUUGACGCCCCAGGAAGUCCUCGAUCUGGCGGAGACAUCUGUGCACCCGUCCGCUGCAUCCACAGCGGCAUCCUCGCGCCGCCGCUCGCGCUCGCCGACAAUGUUCAUCCCAGUGCCAGAAAAGCAGCUAUUGCCUUUCUUGGACCGCCCAUCCGAGGUUGCCGCGUUCAUAGCCGCGCCACCGACGAGCCGCCUCAUGGCGCUUCUAGAGCAGGCCUUCCCAGCCCACCAGCGCAUCCGGCCCCCGCGGAGCCCCUCGGCACCGCCCCCGUACACGCCCUCGCGCUCGCAGAGCUUCGCGGACGAGCUCGCCAGCGCGCUUGCCGUGUAUGCCGAGCGGCCGCGCGCCAGCUUCGAAGAUGACCCCGCACAGUGGAGCUAUGCCGUGCUCGUUGAGUGGAUGUGCACGGUCCCCAGGGAGGCGGCGGACGAUGUGGCGUGGAUCAAGAAGAUCCGGACUUGUGUUAUGGCGCAUAGCGAGCAGAUAUGUGUUGCGCUUUUGAGUGCGCUCGGUGUUCCUAUGGGCGGCUUCGAUGAGGGGAAUGAGGAUGAGGAGGUUGAGGUCGAAGAGGAUGUUCUCGCGCCGUUGCCCAUACACGCUCGGCGACAAACUCCCACACCGACGCCCACGCCCGUAGGUCGAGACUUCGACUCUCCCUCUACCGUACUCGGCGACGUGCUAGACGUAGACGACGACGCAUUCCAUCUCAGCGUCUCGGAGAUUAUCGCACCUUUGCCGGACACAACGCAGAUCUACGCCAUCGGGGAGAGCGAUGAGUCGCAAUCAUCGUCAGAGUCCGAAGACGAGCUCGUCGUCCGCAGGCGCCGUGUCGGUUCCGGCGCAUCAACACCCCGGGCGCGCUCUCCGCGCUACGACAGCACCUCAUCCUCGUCCGAUCCCGACACGCCAGCGUCACCCCCGCCGGUACACCGGUCGUUACUGGGCUUGAUCUUCGAGGCGCACCCACGUGCGACCGGCGACGUGCGCGUUCUUCCUUCGCUCCGCGGACCCACUUCGUUCCCUGCGCCCGUAUCGUCUUCAUUACCGCCCGUGCCGGUGAAAGGCAAGCGCAAACUACGCGUUGCGCACGUAUUGAGUGGUGCGCCCGGUCAUGCGGGGUAUACAUGGCGGCCUGGAGGCCCGCUGUUCGCGCGCUCCUUUGGCGGAAGGGGUGGGGAGAAUAGUGAUUCUGAGUUCGAGGGCGAGAAAGUACCUCCUCUCUUGCCAAAGGCGGUAUUUGAUAUCAAGCGACCCUCGAUACGCCAGCGGUCGAAAUCGCGCGAGACGGUGCGCCGUUUGAAAGACGCGAAGAUGAUUGUCCCGCCAAAUACGCCCGUGAGCGGCGUGAUAGAGCUAUUACCGCAGUUGCCGGCGUCGAUCUGA